AUGGAUGUUCAAGACUUUAGGAUCUCUGAGGGAGACUGGCUCCACGGACCAUCCUCCAGCUACCGUGUGGACUCCUUUCUAGGCGAGGGCACCUUCGGGAAGGUCGCUAAGUGCCUGAAAACAGCCACCAACGAAUGGGUGGCGGUUAAAAUCAUCAAGGAUCGACCUGUUCUGAUUGCUCAGGCUGAGCAAGAGCUCGCCAUGUUGGAGCGUCUCCGGACGCUAGGCCCGGAGCGAGGCGCCAUCGUGAGGUGGAAUGGCUGCUUCCAGGACAGACUCCACAUCUGCCUGGAGUUUGAGCUGCUCGGCAUGAGCCUGCUCGAAUACUUAGAGGAGUACCAAACUCUGGAGCUGGAUUGGAUCCGCAGCAUUGUGUAUCAGGUGGCCGCAGCAUUGGCAAUCCUCCAAAUGAUCGGGAUCAUCCACAGCGACAUCAAACCCGAGAACAUCAUGCUGGUGGAUGACUCACUGAACGUUAAGAUCAUCGAUUUUGGUUUGGCGUGUCACGUGUCUCAGGCUAGAGUUGGCGCUCCCACGGGUACAACAUGGUACAAGGCUCCAGAGCUCCUCCUAGGCCUGCCUUACACUGGAGCCAUCGACGUCUGGGCUCUGGGGUGCGUGGCCCUGGACCUGUUCACUGGAUACCCCAUCUACCCGGGGGACUCAGACUACCAGAUGGUUCAGUACAUCAUGGAUACCCAGGGUCCAUUUCCAUACAAUAUGAUGGUUUCUGGGAUUAAAACUGAGCAGUUUUUCACCAGCAGUUACAAACUCAAGUCCCCAGAGACGUACUACCAUGAGACAGGCAUCAAGACCACUGAGAACAGAUGCUACUGUCUCAACUCACUAGAUGAUCUUGCAGAGGGGGCGGAGGAGGACACACACCGCUUUGUGGACCUGGUGAAGGGGAUGCUGCAGCUUGAGGCCGACUGGCGCAGCAGCCCGCAGGCCGUUCUGGACCACCCCUUCUCCACCUCCCCUGCUGUUGCUGUUGUUGGACGCCACGACAACGCUGGCCACCUCCUCGCUAGCCAGGACCAGUCCAGCUGCGGAAACACCAGCGUUGGCACCAAGGUGGCGCUGCUCGAGUCCCUGGUGUCCAAACAGCCUCUCAGUAGCAUCAAAAGGAAAAGAGGGGAGACGGACAGUGCUGGAAACAGGAAAUCCACUCAGUUCAGCCUGCUCCAGAAGAGGCAAAGGUUUGAUGCUGAUACAAACAGAUCGUCCUCUGUGACAGUAACCGAGGUUACCUUGAAUAUUUCUGAGCGUUCGAUGGCAGUAGCAGAAAUUCAGCCAGUGAAAAGCUGGAUCAGGAGGCUGAGGCGGUUCCUUGUCAAGCUGCUGCAGUCCCUGUGCUGUUGCUGCCCCCCCUCUGAGGAGCUGUCCUGAAGGGACCGCCAAGCCACCGUGAAUCAUUUACACACCAUUAAACCCAAUCCAUUUGUCACAGUUUGGUCAUGCUACGUGCUAUUUUGAAUCCAAAAGUUGCCAAAUAUGUACGACAAUAUAGCUUUGAUGAAUCUCAUACAUACAGUGUAUGCACAGUUGACCUCCUUCACCACACACUUAAAUACGACCAGAGCACAGAUGAAAAGCUGCCUUAUUGUCAUGUAAACUACACUAACAUGCCUUUGAGUUUGUGUUGUUUGGCGUUGGACAUUCUCCUACAUCUACAGCACAAGAACCUUAACAGGAUUACAGUAGACAGAGAAAGACUCACUCACUCAGAGUUACAUCUACCAGGGCAUCUGUACAAGGCGUUCAUCACCGAGGAUUUGAGCAAGCAUUUCAACCUUAAACCCAUGCUAUAUAGGGGCAAAUAGACACAAAGAAGCGUAACGGACAACUUUUGUAAUAUUUGCUACACAGAUAACCUGACCUAUGAUGAACCAAUAUAAGUCCAGUCAGAACGCACACUACACACACACAGAAACCAAAAAAACACAUGCUGCCAAUUAAUCUGUUUGUGUGCAAAAAAAAAAAAAAACUUUGGCGAUGGGAAAAUAUUUGUUCUUCAUGGCCAAUUAAGACUGUUGUAUUGGCAGUGUAUCUUAUUUUAACUGUCAUACCAGACCAAAUGGAUAUUGCCUGUUUAUUGUGAACAAGGUUCUCACAUCCAUCUCCUCUAUCCAAGUUUGUUGGUGUAAAUUACAAGGCAAAGAUGAGCCAAUGUUUUUCAGCUCCAUGACAAUAUCCCUUCAAAAUGUCACCCCUCCUCAUGAAAAAUACAUAGCGUUCCGAAGUCCCUCAACGGGGUCACAGCAUUUGUCGAACGUUUCUCGAAGUUUCCUCCUGUUUUCACCCAUGAGGUAGUUCAACAGCUUCACCUUCAACGGUUCUGGAUUAUUAUAGGAUUACGAUUCAUAAAUAUGAAUAUAUUUUUUACUCAUUGCUUUAUUAUUACUCAUAACACUGAUAACAAGAUAGACAUUAGUAUCAGCAGACGAUCAUAAUCUUCUUGGUCUUUUUCUGUAGCCAGUAGCUCAACAAUUGUCCCAUUGAAAAAUGAUAACAAAAGUUCCCACACACAUUUUCAACGUUUCCGCAUUCCCUUCACACCAUGUUUUGCGACAGGCUUUUGAUGUCAUUGAACAUCUUGCGUAACAAACCGACCCUACCCCCAAAGCUUUCCUUUGAUUUCAACUUGAAUAUAAUCCAGUCGUUGAUUGAA